CAAAGUCAACGCUACAAAGUCAGAACAACAAAAAGGCCAGCUUCAAGUUUUCAACAUCAAACAGUCAAACAGUUCUGCUAAUAUCGACCAACUCUUUGUUUGCCGCAAAUUACGCAAUUUCUUGUAGCACUAUGAUGGAGACUAACGUGACUGCGAUGGCCCAACAACAGCCAUUUAACCCAUGGGCCAUUCCCGACAGCUUCACCGUUUAUAACUUUGCUCCUGAAGAGAUCCGCAGCUUCCUUCAUCCACACUGGCAAACCCAAAAAGCCCCUCAUCCUAUGCUUUAUUACUUCUUCGGAAUCCUUUACAUGGUCAUUGGCACUGUGGCCACUGCUGGAAACUACAUGGUAUUGAGAAUCUUGGGAAGCUUUCCUGCUCUGCGAACACCAGCCAAUAUGCUCGUGAUGAAUCUGGCCGUCUCUGAUUUCCUUUUGAUGAUUUCCCUCCUACCCGAGGCUUGCUACAACUUCUUCACGGGUGGUCCAUGGCAGUUUGGCGACUUAGGUUGCCAAAUUCACGCAUUCUGUGGUGCCCUGUGCGGUUAUAGCCAGAUUACUACGCUAGUCCUCAUUUCUUGGGAUCGAUACAACGUGAUCGUGAAAGGAUUCAACGCCGCUCCACUGACUUUCGGCAAGGCUUCAACAAUGAUCAUUCUCAGCUGGCUGUACGCCUUCGGGUGGUCGGUGUCCCCUCUCGUUGGCUGGGGCUACUACGCUAUGGACGGAAUGCUUGGAACGUGUUCUUUUGAUGGACUGACCACCAACAUGAACAACAAGAGCCACAUUCUCGCUUCUACGAUGUUCCUCUAUGUCAUACCUAUCAUUAUCAUCAUCGGCUGCUAUUACUUCAUUGUCAAGGCCGUCUUUCAUCACGAAGACGAACUGCGACAACAGGCAAAAAAGAUGAAUGUUACUUCGCUAAGAAGCAACGCUGACCAGCAAGCCGUUUCGGCCGAAAUUCGUAUCGCUAAAGUUGCCAUUAUCAACGUGACCUUAUGGAUUUUGGCUUGGACUCCAUUCGCUAUUGUUUGCAUGCUGGGCACAUGGGGAGAUACUUCUAAGAUUACACCUUACAUCUGCGAACUUCCCGUUAUUUUGGCAAAGACAUCCUGCGUCUAUAAUCCACUAAUCUAUGCCUUGUCGCAUCCUAAAUAUCGAGAGUGCCUGAAAGAACUCUACCCAUGGCUAUGCAUCGUUGUUGAAACCAAGAAGUCGAGCAAACACGGAGGAGACAAUCAAUCGACUGGCUCGACUAAAACGGAAGCCUCAUCCGCAACAACCGCGGCAUAAUUCAACAAUGGGAUUCCUGAUAAAUAUUUUCACGUCCCAAUUACACUGCGUAAUGGGCUCGUGAUCUACAUAUGUUUGUCUCAACUCUAUAACCUCUGCAAAGGAACGAUAUCGGAUAGAUGAUUACUGGCUUCAGACUACGGAUAGAAUAACAAUCUAUUUAUCUUAUCAUUGAAUAUAUCAGCAAAACCCAACUGCAAGCUCCAAUUGAAUUUCAUUAUAUAGGGCAAUAAUGUUUCAAUGUCACCUACUAGUAUUUGAAUAAGGAAAAACACCGAUUAAUAUGAUUCUGUUUGCCUGUAACUUACUGUUGAUAGAGAGAACGAAAUAUACGCCAACCCAAGCAUGCAAUCAAAACAA